AGAUAUUUUGAAAUCGAAAGUCGAACGAAAGUACUUCAAAGUAGGUAGACUAAACUAAAGUAGUAGUGUAGUAAAGUUGUUGAGGCUGAACGAGAAAAAGCUGGAGUGGGUAGACUCUAUUCUAGAUUCUAGAAUCCAGAUUAGAUCUAAGAUCACUAUUGGAAUAUCGUGUUGAUUGUUGAUAUUUUUUGACAAAGAUGAAGGGGACCCACGCCCACUUUCAUGUUUGUUAUGGAGAUUGAACAUGAAACUAGCACAGUGUAUGAAGUCAAAGGGUGAGGCUGACUGUCAACUUAAUCGUUACCAUGCCUGCUUCACUUUGUUUGUAUGAGGAAUUGAAAGACCAUCUACCAGAAAAUGCUAAACGCUUGAAAUUGUCCUCAAUGAAUGAGGAUUUUUUAGAGGUGGAUGAAGACUAUGUGCAGGGUGUGAUACAAACGAAAUAUGACUUUCAUACCCUGCCAUAUCCAGCCCUGAAAUUCGUUCUUCAUGAUGGCUCUGGUAGUGUGGGCCUUUUUACAAUGGGUGAAGCUGCUGUUGAUUUGGAUAAGUUGGCGUCAGAAGGGGACAUCUUGGUGUGCACUAAGUUUUGUGUAGAACUUAGUUGUGAUCUUCCUACUCUUGUUGCUAAUGAUGUCGAUGACGAGACAAAAGUAUUGGUUAUCCCGAAAAACAGUUCUAAUGCUUGUGGAACUUCUUCUGAUAAAAAAUCCCCUCUUGGAAAACAUUCGUCUUUGGCUCAGGUUUCUCAACCAGGCUCCAGCCGACACGAAGAUUCCUCCAGCUCUAAGCAGGUGGUCAGGUCUGUAAUUAAGAGCCCCAACAGGAACCUCGUGUCCUCCACUGUGUCUCCUGCAAACAAGUCCUCUUCUGGAAACACACACCAAAAUGUUCGUCCUUCUAGCUCAAAACAAAGACGUGAGUCUCCUAGACGUGAAACCAACCGAAAGGAUGUUCUAUCUCAACCAAGUCCCAAAAAGGCUGGCAUCAGGUACUCCUACAAAGCUCUGUCUGACGUGGCGGCGAACACAGUGGUCAAUGUGUACGGUAUUGUGACCUUUACAAAGACUCCAGCUCAGUCACGAGGCUCAGAUUUCUACUGCCUGAUCUCUAUUCAAGACCCAAGCCUUGCAAAGACUGGGGAAAAAUUAUCCUGUAAUAUCUUCAGUAAAAGCAGUGAUGAUCUUCCUAGGGUUGAUGUUGGUGAUGUUGUGAGGUUUCACAGGCUGAAAGUUCAGAAGUUCCAAGGCAAAAGGCAAGGCUACAAUGGUCCUGGUUUUCAAUGGCUGGUUUUUCCUGAGGGGUCUGUGGGACGUAAGGUGGCUUCCUCAAUGAACUUCUCCUUUUGUGAAGAGGACAAGAAUGAGGUGAAAAGACUGUCUGAGUGGUGGGAUCAGGUGGGCAGCAGUCAGGGUGCUAUACCCUCAACCACUCUCUGCCAGGCUCAGCCGCGGGAGUACUUCAAUCUGAUCUGCCAGAUUAUCCGCAUUGGAGACAUGAGGUCUGACACUGACUGCAAGCUUCUUCGAGUCUGGGAUGGGACAAAGUUUGAAGGGUCUAUCAAAGAGGCUGAUCUGCGUGACUAUGAUGAGUCAACCCUUGUUGAAGACAGGAACCUGCUGACCGUAUCUGAUGACCUGGCAGUUGACAUCUACUUGUUCGAAAACCAUGCAGAAACUGCUGCCAAUUUUCAACCUGGAGACUUCAUCAAACUGACCAACCUGCAUGCCGCUGUGGUGGGAGGUCAAGUGGAACUGACCCUUCACCGAGGCACUGCGUUCAACCGUGGAGCCAGAGUUUUGUCCCCUGACUCACCAGAGGUGAUCCCCGUGAGUUCCCUCAUAGGCACGUGUAUGGCUGCUCAUGCAUGUGGCGACAGCGAAAACCAUUCCAUGCUUGAUGAGUGGACGCAGCAACCCCAACAUGGAGACAGGGAGGUCAGUCCUGAGGUUGAGGACCAAGAUACCUUGAACUGUCCACCAAUCACAGCACAGAGUGGUGGUGGUGCAGAGGGACAUACGGGUGAUGGUGAUGAGCAUUUGAACUUUGGCUCUGCCUCUUUGUCUCCAGUACAAAGAAGAAAAAUUGCUCAUCGAACUUCAAAAGGCAAAGGGUUGGGUAAAAAUCGGGUUCGUAUGUACAUAAAUAGUGACUCAGACUCGAAUUCUAAUGCGGAUACAUCACAAACAGCAGCGUCUUGUGUUCAUGGCAGCAGACCUAGAACUAGGUCUCAACAAAAACAAUGUGAAGUGAGCCCAGAUGAGGAGGAAAUGGAUAGUGAUGACGAAUCUGUUUUAGGAAAUCGGUCUGUUGUUCUGUCGAUGGAGGAACCUGAAGACAGGUCUGGAGCAAGGCCUGAGACUGAGAUGCAUGAAAGUCCUCUUGGGAGUGGUGUUGUCAGGGAUUCUUCCUGUGUCCAAGAUGGUAAAAUUUCAUCUUCUGGGAACAGCUUUGAUGACUCUGGUGCUCAGCAGCUUGAUAAAGGAGGCGCUGACAGCUCAUCUCAAGGAACUUUCGCAACAGCUGCGGAAAGCUGUCAGCUUUCCUCACAAGACAAUCUAAGCUCGCCAAGUCAAGAGAUAAUAUCCUCUCCAGUGACAAUUCCAUUGUCUCUGAAAGCGAGGAGUGUGUCGCCACAGCAUAGUUUCUUUAAUAGUCAACAAUGCUCAGAGGAGGACCAACAUUCUAGCACUAAUGCUGAGGGUGUCCCCAGUACUGAGCCACGUUUGUUUCAGUUAACAGAGGAGGACUUUGUUGCUGACUCUGAGAUCUUGUGUUUUGACACAGCUGCUUCGGUUCCUGAGACAGAGACAGAUCAACUCAUGGAAACUGCAGACAGUGACCUAACAAUGAAUUCAACCAUAAUGGACACCGCAGAUCCUGUCUACUCUGUCUCCAUGGAUGACAGUUUCUCCACCCCUAGGUGCAUACUGAAAACUGCAUCAGCCAUUGUUGGUCAUGUCAAAGUGCCAAUAACAAAACUGAAGGAUGUCCUGUCUCACUCCAUGCCGUGCAAGUUCAAAGUUCAAGUUAAGAUUGGGGACUUCCAUCCCAGACCUCAGACAGUAUCGGAACUAUUCUAUGUUUACUGCUUGAAGUGCAAACACUAUGAGCAGACUCGACAAGAUAUAAGAGAAAAUCCUAGCAGUGCAGUAGAGCAGCUGUGUCCUGUUUGCCCAGACCAGAAGAUGCAGCCUACGAUCAUUAUGAUGUUUGAGCUGGUGGAAGAUGACUGUGCUGUCAUUGCUUACUUGUGGGACACAAAUGCUUUGCAGUUCUUGAACCUUAAUGAGCCGCUGGAACUGUUGACCAGGGAUGAGACGUUCGCUGAUAUAAAGCAGUCACUGGACGCUCUCUGCCCCCCUAACUUCACAGUUUCAGAGAGACCCUGGUUUGAAUGUUGUAUAUUUAGUUACAAAUGUGGAAACAAAACAAAGUACCAGAUUUUCGAUACUGUCCUCAUCAGGAAGGAGCUCAAGUAAACAGGGGAAAGACAGUCAUGAGGCUUGAGGCAGUCUCCAAAGCUAAGGGCUGAUCUCACUGGUCAAAUGUUGCAUAGUCAGUCAAACUGAGGUUUUUGAGGUCUGAAAAAUCAAGUAUUUGAAAGAAAGGCUUGUCUUGAUUGACCAAAUGGAUAGGUGAUUUCAAUCCUUUGCGUGUUAUUGAAUUGUGGUGAUGUCUCUGUUCAAGAAAAUUGCAAUCUGUUUUUGGUCAAAUGUGUCAGGAGAGACAAUUGGCCGAUUUAUUCUGUGCCUUUUUUUAUGAAUUUGGCUGAGACUAAAAUGAAAAAUUACCGUUCAAUUACAAGCUUGAAACCACUUGACAAUCUGAAGCAGACUUUUUUUUUACACUUAAAGUUUACAAUUUUUAUCAACUAUGUCUUUGCAAAAGAAAAAACAUUUCAGGUCAUUUGAGCUGUGAAGCUUUUGUAUGUUUUCUCAAUUUUCUGGCUAUACUGUUUGCAUUAUUUUAAGGAUGCAGUUAUUUCUGAGUCGGAACAUGUACCGUAUGUGAGAAAAGUGAUAUUGAAAGGCAGCUGUUAUGAAUUCUUAUUGCUACUGCAAAUUUUUUUAGUGAGCUUUAAAUUUUUCUAUGUUCUUGCAUAAAAUCAAGUUCUUGUUACUCCUAUGGGACACACAUUAGUCUCGCGUGGUUCGUUCAUCUAUUUUCAUUUUUGUUAUUUCAGUUUCAGAUAUUUAUCAAUCACAUCAGUUAAGCUUUGCAGCUUUAUUUUGUUUUGCCUUUAGCCUUCUUUCUGUCCUCAGUUGUUAUUUGUGGACCCAUUAUCAAAUUUUUCAGAACUGGGAAAAAUCAUGCAAAAUAAGACCUUUUUUGCCAGAUAGAUAUAGAAAUCAUGACUUGUUUCAGUUUUCGUGUUUUUAUUGUUUUCUGUAUAAUUGUAAGUUUCAAAAGAUGCAACUAUUUUUUCUGGAGAUGAGCUAUUUGUUUUCUUUGUUCGCUUCUACAGUAAGCCAGAAAAUUCAUUAAUGUCAUUUUCAUUUCCCGAAAUGAAAAGAAUUGCUUGCUUUUGAAAUAUUAUUUGUGUGUAAUAUAUUAAAGGCCAAAAUACAAUUCCACUGAACUUCAU